AUGGACUCAUCAAACGACCAAGCGGCAGCGCAACCACAGAGGCCGGCGCAUCGCGAUAUGAUGUUUUGCCACGAGUGCGCCGACGAGUGGUAUCGAGACGAGCGUGGUCUGACCUGUCCAGAGUGUGGCUCAGACUUUACCGAGAUCAUUGAAGAGAACAACGAUCCACGAGAUAGUGUCAUGUUUGGCGACGAUGAUAACGAUUCCAUGCCUGACGCACCUCACCACUCGCACCCCGCACAUAACCCAUGGGCGAGUGAUGACCCGGAAGAGGGGGAUAUCAGCAAUUAUCACUUUACCCAGACGGCCCCUGGAAGAUUCAACCUACAAGCCACCAUUACACGAAAUGUGUCUCCACAAGGGCUCCAGGCUGGACCUGCGUCGAUAGGUGGCUUCAUGUCCCUGUUGAAUGGACUGGUGGGUAGCGCUGCGCGAUCACCUGGACAAGGCCAAGCACGAGACCAAGGGCAGGAAUCACAACAGAGACAGUCUACAGAAUCCGAACGUGACCAGGAUCGUGGCGAUCAGUCUGCGUUCAAUGAGUCCAGAAAUCAGGGCCCGGAUGGAUCCCAGCCGCGCAUAGGACGAUACACAUUUCACACUGGCGCACGGCUGUACCCACGAGAUGCCAACAACCCACAACUACGGGUAGAGCCCGUUGACGAUAUCGCAAACGUCAUGACUGGUCUCAUGGCCGCCCUUGGAGCACCCCCAGGUAGUGUCCAUGCCCACCCUUUCGGUGGCGCCCUCAACAACCCCGAAGCCGCCCAAAUGCCAAUCAACCCUUUCUUCCAACUCUUCUCCUCCAUGGGUAUCCUCCCACCCGGAAAUGGCCAAAUGGGCGACUUUGUCUACUCGCAAGAAGGUCUCGACCGAAUCGUCUCCCAACUCAUGGAGCAAACCGCCAGCUCCAACGCCCCCGGGCCCGCCACGCAAUCCGACAUUGAAGCUCUCCCGCGCAAGAAGGUGACGGAGGAUAUGCUGGGCCCCGAACACACGGCCGAGUGCAGUAUCUGCAUGGACGAUGUCGGCGUGGGCGAGGAAGUCACCAUGUUGCCAUGUAAGCACUGGUUUCACCACCAGUGCGUCAAGGCCUGGCUGCUCGAACACGAUACUUGUCCGCACUGCCGGAAGGGGAUUACUAAGCGUGAGGGGGACCAGACGUCUGGCGCGCAGGAUCGGAGCCAGCGGUCGACGCGAUCGAUGCCUGGGACGUUUGAUGCGGCGGAAGAGGUUGGGCAGCAGGAAGGGAAUGGGAAUGGUGAGGGUGGUGGACAAGGGAAUUAUAGGGGCCGGUUUCGAAGUCGCAUACGGAAGUUGAAGAAGCCUCGUGCUCGUCGUGGUGGUUUGUUGGAGCGGGGUCAUGGUGUUGGGCGUGGUGGUGUUUGCGGGAGUGUACUUUGCCCGCCUCCUCGAUUGCAAGACCUUGCUGCUGCAUCUCCUGGCCGUCUUUCUCUUGCUCUUUCGCCUUGUGGAGAUGAUCAUCAACAGCAACAGCAAGAACGAGAACGAGAACGAGAACGACGACAAACCCAAGUUCAAGGUCGUCACGAGCCUAUACAAACCCCACUACCAACAUCGACGUUUUCGUCCACAUUGACUUUGGCUUCCACUGCACCUCUACCUUCCACUCCAAUACACCCCCAUCCCCAUCCCCAUCCCCAUCCGCACCUCCACUCCCCCCGUACCUUGGCACGCCGCCUCUCAUCGCACUACCGCGCCUCGGCUCUUCGACACCGUGGUAUGCGCGAGAAGGAGGUGUGA